AUGACGCGAGCAUGUCUGGGGGCCAUGGGCCAGAAGUGUCGCAAGCAUAACAUAUUAUGUGCAGGAAGCACAAAAAAGAGGCUGCGGGCGGCCUCGCCCGCGACGCUGCUGGCGAGCUGCACGCUGCCGACGUGUUUAGGCAUCUGGAAGAGGGAGUACGGCGUGUCGUUCGGAUACGGCGGCGCGGUGGCCUGGUCUGGCGCCCACCUCCUGAGCAGCGCGGCCCCCCUCCCCACUGCGGCGGGCGUGCACGCCCUGUGCUUGGUGCUCUAUGGCGCCAGGCUGUGCUUGUUCCUGCUGUACCGGGAGAGGAUUCCAUUUUUCCAGAAACUCCGAGAGAAGAUAGAGGAGAGGGCGACGAGCCAGGGCGGGCGCUUGAACCGGCUGCCCUUCGUGCUGAGCUGCUCGCUGCUGUACCUGGGCCUUGUGGCACCGGUGGCGCUCGCGGCCCUCGCCGGCCAGCGGCUGAGCGUGGCAGGUUGCCCCGUCGCCCUGCUGUUUCGCGGCUGCAUGGUGGCGAUGUACGCCGGCUGGGUGAUCAACGCCGCGGGUGACGCCUGGAAAUCGGUGCGCAAGGCGGUCAAGGGCGACGCCGCGCUGGUGACCGGCGGGCCGUUCAGUCUGCUGCGGCACCCGAACUACACAGGCGAGCAGCUCAUGUGGACCGCGAACUUUGCCGCUGGCCUCGCGGCCUGGCUGAGCCUCCAGCGCGAGGGGCUCCGGGCUGGUCCGCUCGGGUGGCUGGCGCUGAGCGCGCUGGGCUAUGCAGGCAUCAUGUUCGUUCUCAUGCAGGCCACGCGCAGCCUGGAGAGGAGGCACAGGGAGAAGUACGGCUCAGACUCCGCCUACGGAGAGUGGGUGUCGCGCACCUGGGCGGGCCUGGCGCUGCCUGACUCCAGCGCGUCGCAGCCGGCUGGCCAGGCGGCUGCGGCGUGA